AUGGUUAAUUUAAAGAGUAAAGAUUGGGAGAAACGCAAUCCUUCGCCACCUGGUGUCUUUUCCCGUUUGUUUUAUGUUUGGACUUUCCCGUUAUUUUAUAAUGGGAAUAGGAGGGACCUGGAAGACGAGGAUCUGGUGCCGACAAAGGAUAUAUAUGGGUCGAAAAGGGUGGGCGAUGCUUUGGAAAGAAAUUGGUUAAUAGAAGAAAAAUAUGCGAAGGCAUCAGGGAGUGAGCCCUCCCUCAUCAGAGUUCUGUACAGAACCUUUAUUUGGUCAUAUCUAUUGGGUGGGGCCAUGCAGUUCAUUUAUACAUUACUUCGUACAUUAUCACCAUUGCUAUUUGCGCAAUUGCUGAGUUACUGGAGUGUGGACAGCACAAUGUCUACAGAAGAGGCGGCAUACUACGCAGCCGCGAUGAUAGUCGCGAAUAUGGUGGCGGCCUUUUUAAACCACCACGGAAACUUCUACUGCCAACAGUUUGGAAUGAAGCUGCGUAUUGCCGUUAGUUCACUUAUGUUUAGAAAGAUAAUGCGGAUGAACAAUGGGUCUCUCGGCGAGACGACAGCUGGAAAGGUCGUGAAUAUACUGUCGAACGAUCUCCAGAGGUUUGAUCUGGCCUUCCUCUUCCUUCAUUAUGUGUGGAUAAUACCAAUACAGCUAGCCGCUGUCUGCUAUUUGGGAUAUUUGCAAGCUGGUUAUGCUGCUCUGCUGGGUUUAGCCGCAUUGGUUGUCAUCGCGUUACCAAUACAAGGUGGUCUUGGUAGCUUGAUGGGUAAAGUGAGAUUCCGCACGGCUGAAAAGACUGAUGAACGAAUCAAGGUGAUGAGUGAAGUUAUCAAUGGGAUACAGGUAAUCAAAAUGUACGCCUGGGAAGUGCCAUUCCAAAAGGUGGUUGGUGAAAAACGCGCUGAAGAAAUGGUCGAAGUGAAAACUGCGACAAUUUUGCGAACAAUUUUCCUCGGAUUCAUGACCUUCACUGAGCGGUCUGCGCUUUUCGUCGCCAUACUAAUGUAUACAUUGGUUUUUGGAAACGUCCUCACAGCAAAUGUUAUAUACCCUCUUCAGCAGUUCAUAGCAGCCGCUCAAAUAAAUAUCACACUGGUGUUACCGUUGGUGAUAACGUUCAUCGCUGAACUUCUCGUCUCGUUCAGAAGAGUUCAAGACUUCAUGAUAUUGGAGGAUCGGCCAGACUUGAGUAGGAGCUUUGUGGCGCCAUCUCCCAACCUAUUUAAUAAAACUAACAGCAUACGAAAAUCUAGGAGCAGGGAUAUUCGGCCACUAUCCUACGCGCCGAAGUCAGAUACCCUGAAUGGAGUAAGCAAUGGUAUUCGAGCCAGUAUGAAGAAUCGUAGAAGCCUCUCCCACCCGGGAGACAUGAUUGUGGAGGUUCACGACGUCUCAGCCAGCUGGACUGGUGACCCCAACUUCUUGGCUCUGAAAAACAUCUCGCUACGUAUAAGAAAAGGAAAACUCUGCGCUAUUAUUGGAGCUGUGGGAUCUGGCAAGUCAUCCAUCUUGCAGUUAUUAUUGAAAGAGUUGCCCGCGGCAAGUGGGAGCGUAUCAGUGUAUGGAAACAUUUCGUACGCCUGCCAGGAGGCCUGGCUGUUCCCGAGUUCUGUACGAGAGAACAUUCUGUUUGGAUUGCCUUACAACGCAGAUAAAUAUAGGAGGGUAUGCAAAGUGUGCGCUCUGGAGAAAGAUUUCAAACAAUUCCCGUAUGGCGAUCAGACACUGGUGGGGGAGAGGGGGGUUUCGAUGUCGGGAGGGCAACGGGCCAGAAUCAAUUUGGCCCGCUCGGUCUAUAGAGAUGCCGAUAUAUACCUGUUAGACGAUCCCCUGUCUGCGGUGGACGCAAAUGUGGGAAGGCAGCUUUUCGAAGGUUGUAUAAAUGGGCAUUUGAAGGGAAAGACGCGAAUAUUAGUCACCCAUCAAGUGCACUUCCUGAAGGCAGCGGACUACAUCAUUGUGCUGAACGAGGGUCAAGUAGAAAAUAUGGGUACAUUUGAUGAGCUGGUGUCCUCUGGGAAAGAGUUUUCAAUGAUGCUCUCCAAUCUACAAGAAAGCAAGGAAGAUACUGGGUCUUUGAAAGGCGAUGAGAAAGAGACUCCGCAGUUAUUAAGAGCAAUAUCGGCAACAGAGAGCGAGGACUUGGAAGAGUUCGAAACGCAGAAGAUGGCAGCCGAAGAGAAACAGUCCGGGAACCUGCGAUGGGAGGUCAUCAGGUCCUACUUCAGAUCUGGCGGAAACAUAUGCUUCAUCCUAUUCACAAUCGGCAUCAUUCUCACAGCAGCAGCAUCAGCAGCGGCGGCAGAUUAUUGGAUUAGUUUUUGGUCCAAUCAAAUGGCAGCAUACGAGGAGGAAAUGCAAGGGAAUGAAUUAGAUCCAGGUCUAAAUGUCCAAGUGGGUCCAUUUACAACGGGCCAGUACCUCCUCAUCCACGGAUGUAUAGUAUUAGCGUGCAUCUUCUUCACCAACUUCCGAGUCUGGCCUUUCGCCUCGCUUUGCGCAAAAGCCUCUCAACGGCUACAUGAUUUCAUGUUCUCCACCAUGAUUAAGGGUGUCAUGAGAUUCUUCGAUACAAGUUCUUCGGGUCGUAUCCUCAACCGAUUUACGAAAGACAUGGGAGCCUUGGACGAGAUAUUACCGCGGACAUUGCUUGAUGUUUUACAAAUAUAUAGUACAUUGAUUGCUAUUUUGGUACUAAAUGCUAUCGCGCUGUAUUGGACACUGAUUCCUUCGGCUUUGCUGAUGAUUCUUUUCGUACUAUUUGUCAAAGUUUAUCUUCGAACGGCCCAAGGUGUGAAGAGAUUGGAGGGAACAACAAAAAGCCCCGUCUUUUCGAUGGUGACAUCAUCCCUCAAUGGAAUUGCAACUAUCCGAUCUGCUGGUGCACAAAGUCGAUUGAUUGAUGACUUUGACCGGCAUCAGGACGUUCACACAUCAGCAUGGAACUGCUACUUGGGCGGAGGCUGCACAUUCGGCUUCUACUUGGACACGAUGUGUCAGAUUUACCUGACAGUCAUCAUAUUCGUCUUCUUGUACCUUGAUUUCGGUGGUAUAAUAGCAGUAGGCAGCGUGGGUCUGGCCGUCACCCAGAGCAACAUGCUGACGGCUAUGUUGCAGCAUGGAGCUCGUAUGUUGGUGGAGUUCUUAGCCCAACUCACCAGCGUUGAAAGAGUCUUGGAAUACACCAAAAUUGAUACAGAACCAAAUCUCUUCCAAGGACAAAUUGCAGAAUCUCCAACAUGGCCGUCCCAAGGUAAAAUUGUGUUCCAAGACGUCAACAUGAGAUAUGCGCCGGAUGAAGCUCCAGUUUUGAAAAACUUAAAUAUUGUUAUCGAAAGUGGUUGGAAGGUCGGCAUUGUGGGACGCACGGGAGCUGGGAAAUCAUCGCUCAUCUCCGCCAUUUUUAGAUUUGCGUUUAUUGACGGAAAUAUCAUAAUUGAUGGAAUUGACACAUCUCUGGUGGCUAGGCAGAAUCUACGUUCAAAAAUUUCCAUCAUCCCACAAGAGCCCGUUCUCUUCUCUGCUACGAUACGAUAUAACUUGGAUCCAUUCGACAUAUACAGUGACGAAGAGCUAUGGAGAGCGCUUGAACAGGUGGACUUGAAAGGUAGUAUACCGUCCUUGGACUUCAAAGUGACUGAGGGUGGAGCCAACUUCUCCGUUGGUCAGAGGCAAUUAAUGUGUUUAGCUAGAGCUGUACUUAGAUCAAACAAGGUAUUGAUUAUGGAUGAAGCUACCGCUAAUGUUGAUCCACAAACCGACAAUUUCAUUCAACAGACGAUUCGUAAACAGUUCGCCUCGUGUACAGUCCUUACUAUAGCGCACAGAUUGAACACCAUCAUGGAUUCUGAUAGAGUGUUAGUGAUGAGCUCAGGCCAAGUUGCAGAGUUCGAUCAUCCUUAUCACCUCCUCUCAAACCCCAACAGCCACUUCACCAGCAUGGUGAAGGAGACCGGCGAAAAGAUAAGCAAGCAACUCUACGAAAUAGCAAAGACUUCCUACUUUCAAAGCGAUCUGAAAGAAAAAUAA